AUGAAUAAUACAUUAGGAAAUGAUGAUUUUUCGGAAAAGUAUGGAUUUUACAAAUAUCUAGCUUUAAUAUAUCCCUCGCUAGCACUUUUGAUUGUAGAAAGCACUCCUGCUUUUUUCAAUAUUUUCGGACCAAUAUUAAGCAAAUUGAUUUGGUGGAGUUUUUGCUUCUAUGAACCUGAUGGAUUCUUUGCUGUGUAUUAUAUUGUAAAAUAUUUCCCAAAAAAUCAACAGUUUUUUGUGUGGUAUCUGUUGGCGGCCACAAUUCGAAGAUUAUUCUUUUAUUACAAGUACCAUUUGAAAAACAAGUUAACAUAUCAAGAUGGAUAUAUCAAUGGUGCCAGAGAGAGCAUUAAUUUAAUUCAUGUCAAUGACUUCCAGUUAUUAGAUUUUACACCAAGCCAGCUCAGCCAACGGUAUAAUAAGAUACAAUUGAGCUACAUUAAGAAGAAAGUUGCAGAUUUUGUCAAAACUCUCUCUGUUGUAAUUUCUAAUAAUGAUCAGGAUGAAUCUUCUACUGAUGAGGAGAAUACCAAGACAAUUAGUAAUGGGAAGUGUUGUGUUUGCUUGGGUGAAGAAAGUUUAGAUAUCAUUUUCAAUCCAUGCAGACACGUGGCAAUGUGUCAAGAAUGCUUUGAACAUUUUUCUAAGGAAUGUUAUGACAACAACAAACCUCUAAAAUGUAGCUUGUGCAAUUCAGUAAUUUCCUCCAUAUCUUGCCAUAGGAAAAAACGCUUUGUGGUCAAUUAUGAACCCAGUGAAACAUUUCAUGCAAGUGGGCAGAUGAACGCCCAAAAAGAGUUGUUAAAGCUUGGUGCUUUUGUUCAACAAAACCCAAGCAUUAAAUCCAGGUUGCAAAAUCCACAUAUUUUUGACGAAUAA